AUGCCGGUCACGCGUGAGGAUCUUUUCGCUUAUACCAAUGGCCAUUUCCUUGUCGAUGAAGAACAUCAGUUUAGCCGACGAUAUGUCCGGUUCGACUUAGACGCGCUUUGCAGUACGGCUGCCCUGGUCGGAGGAGAUUCCAGCCGCGUGACUGCUAUUGAUAAAAUGGAAGGGGGGUUCAGCAAGGCUUUCCUGAUGAAAAGGGCAAAUGGAACGGAUGUGAUUGCCAAAAUUCCGUGCCGCAUUGCUGGCCCGUCGUCAUUAACAACGGCUGGUGAAGUGGGAGUUUUAGAAUAUGUCAAGAGACACACUGCCAUUCCUGUGCCUCGUGUCCUUUCUUGGUCGUCUGAUCGCUCAAACCCCGUGGGUGCCGAAUAUAUCGUCAUGGAGAAAGCUCCUGGGAUUCCUCUGUUUCAAGUUUGGGGCACUAUGACGGAAUUUGAAAAGCUGCAGCUGAUCAAGAAUUUGACCAAGCUUGAGGCUCAGUUGGCGACGAUUAAAUUCCCCUUCUACGGAGGACUGUACCUUCGGACAGAUACGAGCAGGUCAAACAGGCGUCUUGAUGGUGAUAUUGAUCCAUCCCAGUCUUUUUGCAUUGGGCCUUCUUGCGACCGGGCUUACAAUACCGAUAUGACGCUGGAAUUUAACCAAGGGCCUUGGAAUUCGGUUUCAGACCUGGGAAUAUCAAUUGCAGAGCGAGAAUUGAUUCUAAUAUCAAGAGAAGGCCAACAAAGUCAGUCAGACUAUUACAGAGGAACUUUUGAGCAACAAAGCCAGCUCUUGGAAGUCACCAUGGCCGUUAUGAAGCUCUUAGACGCAAACGAAUUAUUGAAGAAAGCUUCCCAGCCUACUCUGUGGCACACUGAUCUUCAUAUGGGAAAUAUUUUUGUCAACCCAGACGAGUGUUCAAGAAUAGUUUCCCUCAUUGAUUUCCAGUCAACGACUGUGCUUCCCGCAUUUCUCCAAGCCCAGUGGCCGAUAUUUCUACGGCCUCCACAGAAUUACGAUUACGUCAGGGGAAUAUUUCAACCACAGCUGCCGGAAGAUUUUGACAAGCUUGAUGAAGAGAGCAGAAUUAUUGCUCUGCGUGAAUGGUCCCAAGUAAAAUUGGCGAAGGCUUAUGAGGUGUCAACCUAUCUUGAAGACAGGGCAGCGCAUGAUGCCAUGAGCGUACCUCAUGUCUUCCGAGAACUGUUCAUCCGAUGCGGGGAAGUUUCUGAAGUGGGCAUCGUUCCGCUUCGUGCAUGCUUGAUAGAAAUAUGUCAAAAUUGGGCAAACCUUGGUUUCUCUGGGGAGUGCCCUUAUUCAUUCAGCCAAGCAGAACUUGACGAGCAUGAACGACAGUUCGCUGAAUAUCAGGCUUGGUAUGAGGUUCGAAUGCUUGCUGAAGAGUGCCUUGAUACCGAUGCAGAAGGGUGGAUUGCGCCGCAAUUGGAUAUCAACGAGAAGAGAAGGCAGAACGAGGAGCUUAUGGCUUUGUAUAUUGAAAAGGUGGCCGGAGAGAGAUCUGCGAAGGAGGCGAAGGCCAUGUGGCCUUUCUUUACUGAGACUUGA